AUGCUCUCCAAGCUAUUACGAACAAGCUCUUCAAAGCCGGAGCAGCUUAAGAAGAUCCAUGCGCUUGUGCUAACGUCCGGUCUCUCUGUCAAGAAGAGCCUCUUAACUCAACUGUUAGAUAAACUUAUAGUUGUAGGCAACAUGUGUUACGCACGCCAGAUGUUCGACGAAAUGCACAAGCCAAGGAUUUUUCUUUGGAACACUCUUUUCAAAGGGUACGUUGAAAACCAGUUCCCCUUUGAAAGUGUCAUGCUUUAUAAAAAAAUGCGUAGUCUUGAUGUUCGUCCUGAUGAGUUUACUUACCCGUUUGUGGCGAAGGCGAUCUCUCAGCUUGGGGUUUUGCCCUGUGGCUUUACCUCUCAUGCCCAUGUGGUGAAAUACGGUUUUGAGUCUCUUGGGAUCGUUGCAACUGAGCUGGUGAUGAUGUACAUGAAUUUUGGUGAAUUGAGUUCGGCUGAGUUCUUGUUUGAGUCUAUGCAAGACAAAGAUUUAGUGGCUUGGAAUGCGUUUAUUGCAGCUUGCGUUCAAACGAGAAACUCGGCUAUAGCUCUUGAGUAUUACCACAAAUUGUGUGCGGGUGAUGUUCGGUUUGAUUCUUUUACAGUCUUAGGCUAA